AUGGGAACAGCUCGAGACGGCCUCAUUUUCGGACGCACAAGGUCGUAUAAACUUGAGAACACCCUACAGCUUGUAUCGCGCACGGCAUUGAGGCAGUUCGGGCCUGUGAGGUGGCUCACGACAACACCGCUGCGUCACAAACCCGAUGACGUUGAUGCUCCCAAACAUGGAAGAUUCCCGGGAGCAUAUGGCGGCCAAGCCGGUGCAUCCUUUGGCUCCUUUGUCUCUAGAACAACCCGAACAUCAGGCCUGCCGCCGCUGACCGAUGGCCUUCUGCCCCAUGAGCAGCAAGCACGACAGCGAAUGGAGUCUCCCGGAAACAAAGGCAACCCUCCGGCGAUGGCGGCGGCGAAAGUGCGCAAAGUAACCAGCAGCAGGUUCGAUGACAAGAAAGCGCAAAUGUCAAGAUCUGUUCUUGCCGAUGUGUUCAGCACGAACCGAGAGCCAAAAGUCCCACCCACGCCGAGGUCAUGGUCCUCCCGAUCGCAGCAGCAAUCGAUCGCAUCUGAGCCGUCACGCGAUGCCUUCUCUGCUGGCAAUGCAGCCGGUCCGCAGGGCACACACUCAACGCCGCUCGAAAAGCACCUGGUUGGCAAGCGUGUCUUGACGUCGCAUGAAUCCCAACACCGAGUCGGGACCCCUGGAUCGAGGCAACACACUUGGGGAGGGGCUGUUCACGGCCGGAAAGCACCAGCCGACAAUCGAGGGCAGGGUCAUGGGAAGGAAUCCACAACCUGGCGUGAGAUAACACGAUCGAGCAAGCCAAAGGCCGUGCCGCACAAAAAUUUGAAAUCGGACAGCGCUCAUGAACCCAAGGCCGACAAAUCCAACCUCAAUACUGACAAAGUGUUGGCCGACAAGGACUUUUGGGGAGAGCUUGAGAGUCGAGUGGCAACUAUCAGGGGUAGGCGCCAGUCCGCUGCGAUUGGAACGACCGGUAAACUGGCAUCCGAAAGGCAUCCGAAUCCCCGAGUUGUCCAAGGUAACACGCCAGUCGGCGGGGACCCAACGGGUGACCCGGCGAGGCCAAGGAGGAAAUCACGUUUUGAGAUGGAGGAGGAGCAAAAGAUGGUCGAGAAUAAAGAGCGCAGAAAGCCGAACAAGGCGCGGCGGAACCGCCUCAGCCAGGAGGAUCACGACUGGGAUGACGAGGCCCUUCACCGAUGGGAGCAGAGGCAGCGUCGCCAGGCCGAGAAGGACGCACGAAAACGACAAGAACUCGAGCAGCAGCCCGCGGCGGUCCCAAUCUCCUUACCAGAGUACAUCAGUGCCGCAAAUCUGGCCCAGGGGUUGAAGCAGCGAUGCGACCAGUUUAUGAAGGACAUGAAGGAGAUGGGCUUCGAAAAUGUGACUCCCGACACCAUCAUGACCGGCGACACGGCCGCUCUCAUUGCCAUGGAGUAUGGCUUUGAACCCACGGUCGACAAUGGUUCGCAGAGAGACCUGCGGCCCAGACCACCGCCCGAAGACCCUUCGUCCGUCGCCGUCCGGCCUCCGAUCGUUACCAUCAUGGGCCACGUUGACCAUGGAAAGACGACCAUUCUCGACUGGCUGCGAAAAUCAUCCAUCGUCGCGCAGGAGCACGGUGGCAUCACGCAACACAUUGGUGCUUUUGUGGUGAAGCUGUCGUCGGGCAAGGCCAUCACCUUCUUGGACACGCCGGGUCACGCGGCUUUUCUUUCCAUGCGGCAGCGUGGGGCGAACGUGACGGAUAUUGUUGUCCUGGUGGUGGCGGCGGACGACAGCGUCAUGCCGCAGACGAUCGAAGCGCUGAAGCACGCCACCGCUGCCAAGGUACCCAUCAUUGUUGCCAUCAACAAGAUUGACAAGGAGGACGCCCGUGUCAGCCAAGUCAAGGCUGACCUGGCCCGGCACGGUGUGGAGAUUGAAGACUUUGGAGGCGAUGUCCAGGUCGUCUGCGUCAGCGGUAAGACGGGCCAAGGCAUGGAGGACCUCGAGGAGAACAUCAUUGCGUUGUCCGAGAUGCUCGACGUCCGCGCCGAGUCCGACGGCCUAGCCGAGGGAUGGAUACUCGAAUCUAGCGUGAAGCAAAAUGGGAAGACGGCAACGGUGAUCGUGAAGCGAGGCACCCUGCGUCCGGGCGACUUCAUCGUUGCCGGAAACUCGUGGGCCAGGAUUCGCGUGCUGCGGAACGAGGCAGGCGUCGAGCUCUCCGAGGCGCCUCCCGGGACACCGGUCGAGAUUGUGGGAUGGCGAGAGCUGCCCAAAGCUGGGGAGCAGGUUCUGCAGGCACCGGACGAAGCCAAGGCCAAGUCGACGGUCGAGUAUCGUCUGGAGAUGUGCAAACGCGAGGAGAGCUCCGUCCAGCUCGCCGAACAGGAGCAACGCCAGAGGGAAAAGGCGGCGGCCGAAGCAAGCCAGGCCACAGCUGCCGCGGAUGGAGCGGAUGCUUCACCCACCGACCCGGCAAUGGUCGGGCUUCUGUACCAGAACUUCUCCAUCAAGGCAGACGUCGUCGGCUCCGUUGAGGCUAUUUGCGGUAGCAUUCUCGAGUUGGGCAACAACGAAGUUCGACCCAAGAUCCUUCGAUCCUCGGCAGGACAGAUUUCCGAGUCCGAUGUCGACCACGCGGCGGCGUCAAGUAGCGUAAUCAUCAACUUCAACGUCGCCAUUUCGCCGCACAUCAAGCAGCGUGCCGAGGAAGCCAAGGUCAAGAUCCUGGAUCAUAGCGUCAUCUAUCACCUCAUCGACGAUGCCAAGGCCACCUUGUCAGGCCUGCUUCCCGACAAUAUUUCGAACCGCGUCACCGGCGAGGCGGAUAUCCUGCAAGUUUUCCCCAUCAACCUCAAGAAAAGGGUCUUCAAGAACAUUGCUGGUUGCCGAGUUAGGAACGGCGUGAUGAGGAGAUCAUCGAGGGUCAAGGUGCUGCGGAAGGGCAAUGUUGUCUUUGACGGUGAAUCAGAACCCCCCUUGUUGCAUCCACCGAGUUGGCAGCUAAUCGUUGACGUGACAGGCCGUAUUGACACUCUCAAGCACGCCAAACGGGACGUCAUGGAAAUGGGCAAAGGCACCGAAUGCGGCAUUGGCUUCGACGGUUUUGAGGACCUUCAGGUCGACGACCAGAUCCAGACAUAUGAGGAGGUCAAGGAGAAGCGCACAUUGUAA